UGUUGAUGUGAGUGAAGGUAACAGAAAGACAGAGUUAGAAAAUGUGAGGAAUGAUAAGAGUGAGUGCGACAGAGAGCGUUAACAAUGUGUGUGAGAGACAAAAAGAAGGAGACAGAGAAGAUGGUUGUAUAAUGUGAGUGAAAGAGAGGAAAAAAAGGGGAAGGAACAUAAAAUGUACAGGCGCACAAAGAUAGUAUAGAAGUAAAUGUGCAUUAAACAAGUGAAGAAAGAAAUACGUGUGUACGAGGAAAAAAGAGAAAAGUAUCUAUUUUAUUUAUAAGAAAGAGGACAGUAAGAGAUAAAUAUAGAUAGAAAAAUCAGUGAAAGAGUGUGUGUAUGUGUGAACGAAUGAGAGGGAAAAAGAUUGAAAACUAGAGAAAUAAAUAGAGAAUGUACGUAUGUGUGAGAGUGUAUGUGCGUGAGUGAAGAAAGGACAGGAAAAACAAUAUGCGAGAAUACAGAAAGAACUUAGGUUAUAGUGGUUGGCGGUGUUGAAAGAGUAGGGCAGGUGCUUUUAUGAACACGGAGUGCUAACAGAGGAGGAGUUGGCAGUGCUUACUUGUUCUUUAGUUAUAGUAGUGACAGUAGCAGUAAUAGUAGUAGUAGACAUUAUUCUUGUUAUUAUUGUUGCCGUGGCGGUUUUUUUCCCUCUCCAAAGCGAUCCUUAAACCAACUGGUGUGCUAAGAGAUACGACAUAUGUUCUAGAUUCCAACACCAUACUUUAAAGAAAAAAAGUUAAACUAAAGUGUCAAACAAACAAACGUAAAAAACAAAAGUCAUUAAGAACAAAAGCAGUUUGAAAAACCGAAUCCGACAGUUUAGAAUAAACUGGUCUCUGGAACGAUCAGUUCUUGUCAUCUUCCCCGACAUGUUACCUAUGGAAAAGAAACUGUUUGAAGAGAUGGCUCAGAAGGACAAGAUUCGGUACGAAAAUGAAAUGGCUAACUAUGUGCCACCCCCCGGUGAAAUUAAACGGAAACGGAAACAAGUUAAAGAUCCGAAUGCUCCAAAACGUUGUCUCUCGGCGUUUUUCAUCUUCUGUAAGGACCACAGAGCAAAGCUGAUUGAAGAAAAACCAGAAUUAAAAGUAUCUGAAGUGGCUACACUGCUGGGAAAGAUGUGGAAAUUAUCGACACCUGAGGUGAAGAAAUCAUAUGAAGAAAGAGCAGCACAAGAUAGAAAACGAUAUGAGAAGGAAAUGAUAAUCUUCCGAAGUCAGCAAGUCAGUGUUGAAUCACCAAAGGCUAUUCCUGUACCAAAGACCACAAAUGAAGAAUUCCAACCAAAAGCAAAAGUUGCCAAAUUGAAACCAGAGAAAUCAGUUAAACCUCAAGCACCAGUAGCUGUACAAGUAAAAUCUCCACCGUCACAACCACAACUACCGCCAGCAAAACCCAUGAUUAAAAAUACCAAAAUAACUGAUAACCGGACCAAAGCAGCAAAGGCACAGAUGGCUGCUCAAGCGGCUCAAGCGGCACAAGCGGCACAAGCAGCACAAGCAGCUCAAGCAGCCCUAGUUGCAGCAACAGUGAAAAGAGUGGUAGUAGAGUCAGACGAUGAGUCAGACGAGGAUGAUGAUGAGGAAGAAGGUGCAGAGUCGGAAGAGGGGGAAGAGGGCAGCAGUGAAGCUGGGGAAGAGAGCAGUGGGGAGGAAGAGGAGGAGGAAGAAGGGGAAGAGUCAGAGGGAAUGGCGGAGGCGGUGGAAGUUAAGGGCAAGGCACAGUGCAAGGACAGUGGUACCAUCAAUACUGACAACAACAACGACGAUGUCGACGAUGACGAUGAUGGUGAUGAGGAUGAGGAUGAGGAUGAUGAUGAGGAGGAGGAGGAAGUGGAGGAGGAAAAUGACAACAAUAAUGACGAGGAUAAUGAUGACGAGGGGGAUGAUGGUGGUAAUAAUGCAGGUGUCGAAGUUGACGAUAAAGAUGACAGCAGUGAUGAUGAUGAUGACGAUGAGGACGAGGACGAUGAGGACGAGGACGAUGAGGACGAUGACGAUGAGGAGGAGGAAGAUGAAUAAAGCAAUGCAAUUUGAGAGGCAAAAAGUGCUUUUUUUUUUUUUAAUAUUUUUUUAAUCGCUUAGUGAGAAGGGGCAAAAGGCAGCCCCUGUGGUCCAUUUGGGCCUCUGACUGGUGGCAGGAAAGGUGGACAUUAUGCUCAAAACCAGAGAUCUGUCUCAAAUGCUUGUAACAGAAUGGACUCUGCUAAAACCAUCUGAUGGCCUGUUGAGGUUGUUAAACAAGUCUAUGUAUUAAGUCUACCAAAAUCGUCCUACUCUAUCGAGAUCAUGUACACAUUGCAUUUAUUUAUUAAAAAAAAAUACAAAAAAAUACAGGUACCAAAAAUGCUAUAAAAGAAAA